AUGGAUCCCGCCGCUCCGCACCAACCGCCCUACACUUACACGGCGAAUCAGGGCUACGAACAAACCGAAGAGAUACCCCGCGAGCUACAGGCCCAAAAAGACGACGGCGCUGCCCUUGCCCAGGAGGACGAUAACGACUUUGACGAUAUCUUUGACGACCAGGACUUUGACGACAAUGAGUGGGAUGCUGGCUCUGGAGACUUGACCAAGUCUUACAACAGACAGCGCAACACCAACGAAGGCGCUGCUCCUCUUCGUUCAAACCAGCAAAAGCCUACUGCCAACACUUUCGCCAGCGUUGACGACCAAGUCUCAGCUCUUUCUAAGCACGCCGCCAAGAUCCGACUCGACUCAGUUAAGCAAGAUGGCGGUGAUUCAAAGGACAAGGACAAGGCAGACCGCGCCACUAGCGACCAGGUUCUUGACCAGCGCACCCGUAUGAUUCUGCUGCAGAUGAUCAACCGCGGUUUUGUCAGCGAAGUCCACGGCGCCAUCUCCACAGGAAAGGAAGCCAACGUCUACGGCGCCGUUCUCCACGACGAAAACACAGGCGACGCUACCCAAAGGGCUAUCAAGGUCUACAAGACUGCCAUUCUGAGCUUCAAGGACAGAGAACGUUACAUCACUGGCGAGCACCGUUUCAAGGGUGGCUUUGACAAGGGUAACAACCGCAAAAUGGUCAAACUUUGGGCUGAGAAGGAAUUCCGCAACUUGAGGAGGAUCUACAACUCUGGUAUUCCUUGCCCUGAGCCUAUCAGCCUUAAGCUUCACGUCCUCGUCAUGGGCUUCCUAGGUGACCGCAAGGGAUGGGCGUACCCGCGCCUCCGUGACGCUACUCUGACGGGAGACGAUGUUGAUCAGCAGUGGCAUAAGCUUUAUGUCCAGCUUCUUGGCAUCAUGCGCAAGAUUUACCAGGUCUGCCGUCUUGUUCAUGCCGAUUUGAGCGAGUACAACAUUCUAUACCACAAGGAGAAGCUCUACAUUAUUGAUGUGUCACAAAGUGUGGAGCCGGACCACCCCCGGUCCCUCGAGUUCCUGCGUAUGGAUAUCAAGAACGUGGGAGACUUCUUCCGCCGUAAGGGUGUUGAUACCCUGGCCGACCGCGCUAUCUUUAACUUCAUCACUGCCCCUGAGGGUGCUGUCGAGGAGCCUGAAAUGGGCAAGGCUAUUGAGAUUCUCUACGAGACUCGAGCUGAUGAUGCUACUGGCGAGGAUGCCGCUGCUCAGCAAGAAGUUGACAAUGAAGUUUUCAGAAACCAGUACAUUCCUCAAACAUUAGAGCAGGUCUACGAUAUUGAGAAGGAUGCUCAAAAGGUUGGACAGGGUCAGGGUAACGAUCUUGUCUACAGUAACCUUCUGCCAGACCAGGUCAUUGCCCCCAAGAAGGCCGAUGGUGAGGAGGGUGAUGACGACCAAGAGCAAGGUUCCACAUCUGAUUCAGACGAGGGUGCAUCUCUCUCCGGUGACGACUCGGUGAACGAGGCCGACUUCGAAAAGGGUACUCCUCGUGGUCGUCGCUUCGAAGAUAAGGACGAGAAGAAGGCACACAAGCAAGCCGUCAAGGAAGCUAAGCGCGAGAAGCGCAAGGAUAAGAUGCCCAAGCAUCUCAAGAAGAAAAUCGUCGCCAGCUCAUCCCGUCGCAAGAAAUAA